CCCGCUUCCAAUUUCUCCCCCUCUUCUCCUCCUCCUUCUCCUCCUCCGCUCCCCCCAUGUCGGUGUCGGCGGCGGCGGCGUAGGCGCCUAGGCGGAGCCGUUGUCGGCGGGCGCGGAGACACGCGAGCGAAGGGGUUGGCGGGCGAUGGCGGCGCCGGCGUCUGCGGCGGGGCUCGGGGGCAUGUCGAUGGACAACGCCAAGGGCCUGGUCCUCGCGGUGUCGUCCAGCGCCUUCAUCGGCGCCAGCUUCAUCGUCAAGAAGAUGGGGCUCAGGAGGGCCGCCGACUCCGGCGUCCGCGCGGGAUAUGGAGGAUUUUCUUACUUGAUGGAGCCACUUUGGUGGAUAGGCAUGAUUUCAAUGAUCGUGGGGGAAAUUGCUAAUUUUGCUGCUUAUGCAUUUGCUCCUGCUAUUCUUGUCACUCCUCUUGGCGCCCUCAGUAUAAUCAUCAGUGCUGCACUUGCUCAUUCCAUUCUACAGGAGAAACUGCACACCUUUGGUAUACUUGGUUGUAUUCUGUGUGUAGUUGGAUCAAUCACAAUUGCACUCCAUGCUCCACAGGAGCGUGAUAUAGAUUCCGUAAGGGAAGUUUGGGAUCUUGCAACUGAACCAGCAUUUCUUACAUAUGCUGCUAUAGUAGUUGUAGCAGCUUUGGUGCUUAUAUAUUUCGUUGUACCUCAACAUGGACAAACAAACAUCAUGGUGUACAUUGGAGUCUGUUCUCUUCUAGGAUCUCUCACUGUUAUGAGCGUAAAAGCUCUUGGAAUCGCACUGAAGUUAACAUUCUCAGGAGUGAACCAAUUAUUCUAUCCUCAGACCUGGGCUUUUGCUCUAAUUGUAGCCACUUGUGUAAGCACACAGCUUAACUAUCUAAACAAGGCACUGGACACGUUUAAUACAGCAGUUGUGUCACCAAUAUAUUACGUGAUGUUUACUUCACUAACAAUAAUAGCCAGUGUGAUAAUGUUCAAGGAUUGGGAUCGGCAAAAUCCAACACAAAUUGCCACUGAGAUGUGUGGUUUUGUGACCAUCCUGUCUGGAACAUUUCUCCUUCACAAGACAAAGGACAUGAAUGAUAGUACCGGGCCAACUUUGUCCACAAGACGCGCAAAGCGUGCUAGUCAGGGUGGGUUCGCUAUCGAGGUUCUUCCAUUAAAAUAUCAAGAUUCUGUGGAUGAUGAGACCUUGCCAUUGUCACUUCCCAAGGCUGAAAAUCACUACCUGAUGGAAGAGUUUCCUCCUAGAUACAAAGACUUGAAUAUGGCCUGAUAAAUAGUCCUUCUUGCAAUGUUGCCGCACACAGUAUCAGACAGGGGAUUGGUUGAUGAGGAACUAAAGGAGUUCAAGGCUUUAACCCAUCUAUGCUGUUGGAUAGAAUGUGGUUAUGGGAAUUAUAAGUUCAUAUUAUUCUUGCCCCUUUCUGGAUGAUGGUUACAUCGCUUACAAAGAGCCAUAUUCAAGUCACUUAAGGAGUUCAAGGCUUUAACCCAUCUAUGAUCUGAACCAUCAGGCCACUUAAGUGACUGGUAUUCAGGAAUAGCAGUUCUGGAAAACUGGAUGAAGUGGACACACAAUGGCAUCAUUGCUACACUUUUUUUUUUGAAGUUUUAGUCAGUCAUGCAGUUACGCUGCAAUAUUUGAGCUCAUCUGAUUUUCUAGGAAGGCCGGUGUUUUAUAGAAACAUGAAAAGCUUCAUUUUUUUUACAUGUACCUACCUCAUAAAUUGCUGCCCAAUUAGGUGGCCGGUAACUGUUGUCUGUGUAAGUAUCAAUUCAUACUGUUUUGUAAACAGUUGAUGAACUGAAUUCUCAUGUCAUUGUAAAUAUUUGUUGAUGAUUGUUGCUGUCUCAAUAUGCUAA